GUUUCCAUCUCUAUUCAUUCUUGGUGUUGGGACCUCAGCAGGCGCUGUUGUUCCUCUCCAGCCGCCGCUGAACUCAGUGACGCCAUCAUCGGCAUCGGUGACAUUGAUACAUUGGGAUAAUCUCAUCGCCCCCGUCCCGUCCCUUCGAAUCUACCCAUAACUUGUUAUCCCCACAAUUGCUACACAUCCACAUCGGUACUUGAAUGGCUUCUGGGUCGUACGCUUCUGUCGCCAAUACCUAUCCAAUCCAAUGGCCAGUGCAGCCAAAUAGUAAUCAUGACGUCUCCCUUCGGAUGGCAUCAACAACACCAACGUUAUCUGAGAUGCAUAAUCGUGCCUAUGUUCGCGAGAUGUCACCGGCCACCGACGAUAAUGCGCCUCGUUUGCCUCCUUCAGAUCUUGCUAAUGUUCGAACGAUAUCUGAGAACAGCUCGAAGGUGGCUGUUUCCGAUCUCCCUCACACUCAACUCCUCACCCCACACAGUCCGACCACCAAUUCAUACUCCAGCUACCGACAUCUUGCAAUGGAGUCACCCGCUCCGAAGUCGUGCGUUAGGCCUCGCCACUGGAGGAAGUAUACUUACUUAUCAUCUAGAGGCAUGAUUGGUGCAAUUGAUUCUACCCUUUCGCCUCAUUCCUCCGAACCACGAAUGACCGGUUAUUCGGCGUCUCAGCUUACGCCGUCUUCAAGCCCUGUUUACGCUCAGUACAAUGGUCGUCGGCAUGUAAUUGAGAAUCCUAUGUCUGAGGACAGUCCCUCUCACUCCCCACUGACCAUCGGAGAUAGAGAUUCGCCAGUCACCUCGUUAGACACUCGUUGUGCUAAUAUCUCACAAGACACUGCUGGAUCUGAGGUCGCUCCCGUCCCCACAACAGUGUCAUCCCCAAGGGGACACUCUGAUACUCCGACGCCUUUGCUUCCAGCAUUCGAAGAGUCUCAUGAUCGUUCACGUACCCCUCGUCGAAAUACACCCUUGGGAUCUGCUCGUGCCUCGCAGAAGGCCUCUCGCGGCAUCUCGCCUGCAGCUAGCGAAGUCCAGGAUGUGGUUGACGACGUGUUCCGAUUGCGCCCCCCGUCCAGGUUGUCUCAGGUUGCAUCGCUGCCACUGCCAUUAGGCGGCAGAUCAAAGCAACCGCCUGGCCAAGCCUCCCAUAACAAGCGCCCGCGGCUUGGGGAUGCUAGAACGGAGGAUUCAACAUUGAAUGAAGAGAAUCCGCAAUCACCUUUUGAGUACAUUCGCAGCGCAAAUUCUAAAACUGGCUUCCUCGUGGACUGUGAGAAGCAACCGGACGCUCAGUCAUCGGAUGGACAGCAUGUUGUAAUAUUCGAAACCCCCGUGAGGGGUCGUAGACUUAAAUUCGUCCGACCUACUUCUCCUGUGGAGACAGGAACCUCCCCACAACUGAAAAAUUCCCCUCCAACAGCAGCCAUGUCUAACCUAACUCUGCAGUGGCUGCAGUCCCCGCCCCCUGCGCCAGAAGAACAUCCAAAGCCCGUCGACCCAGAAGAAAGAGAAUCAAAAAGGCAACGGCGUUUGGCAGCGUUCAUACACUCACAGGAGCCUCAUAUCUCUCCCCUCAAGCCUGUGGAAGUCGCGGGUAUCGGUAGAGUAGCGGUGCAUCCCGAUGACAUCACGGAAACGUAUAUUAUGUCUCCGGUGAAACGCUCCUCGAAGUUUACGAAGCGGAAGGGGUCAAGGAAACACGCUGCUUCUGUAUCUUCAACCCCUGCGAAACGGGUGACUGUAUAUGGGAAGGAGGUGUUGCAAGGUGUCGUGCCCUAUGUGCCAGGCCGGAGACGCGACCUGACAUUGCGGGACAACACCAGCGCUGGCGGGCGGACGCAGGAUGCCGAAUCCGAGGCAUCCCGCAUGAGACAUCUGGAGUUGUUUUUCGAUCGUGACACUGAUGAAGAUUCAGAUACCACGAGUGCACCCGAAUUAUCCCUUCCCUUGACUCUCGGCGUCGGACUUCCAGUGAACGGUAAUUUCGACCAUCUGUCGAAGGCCACUCUGAAUUCCGGCGAUGCACGGCUGGCUAUCACGUCCGUCAUUCAUCGCAUGAAAUCCCCAGCCAAGCAGAAGCCAGUUCCCUCAACGGAGCCUAGACUCCCACAAACUCCUGUUGGAAGAGCGACGAGGCGGGUCUUUGAUUCGGAAGAUGAGGAUGAUCAAAAUACUCGCAUUGAUUGCGUCUGCGGGACAGAAAAUGAUUUGCCUAUGGUCCAGUGUGAUUCCUGCAAUGGAUGGUCGCAUCAGGAAUGUGUCAAAUGGGAUGAGACAGAUCCCGACGCAAAUUGGCAUUGCUUUAAAUGCCAAUUACGACCCCCCCAGAUCCCCACAUUUGCUAUGCCUAGCGAUUCACCUAACCCUGCGCCAGACCUUAGUGUUAAAAUCUUCAAUAGUCCGUCGCUUGAGGCUUCACCAUAUCCCCACGCUGAGGCUUCGCAUUCUUCCGACUUAGUUCCGACUACCCCUACUGGCAGAGCAGCUGGCGAGGACGAUGGUUUCGACCAUCGGACGUCGCACGAUUCUUACCUGGCUUGUAGGCAGGUUCGUUACCAUGAUACCCCAAAUACUAGACGCUCUGAGGACCACCGCACCUAUCAUUCUCCUGCUUUUACUGAUUUCUUCAACAUCCGAUCGUCCAAGCCUCAAGACGCAUUUGAUAUGACUGCAACUCCAUCACGUACUGUCCUGGGCACUCCUUUUCGGUCCAGCCGUGGGACACGCCCGUCCACACAUUCCAUAUUUGACACCCCUCGAACCCCCUUAGAUCCUGGUAGAGCAUUUGCUGAUUCCCAAUUUGGUCACGACAAUCGCAUACCUGGUCCGUCCUCGGCGACCCCAACGAAACUUCCGCUUUUCCUUUAUGCUGCUCCCCCGGCUUCCGAUACGAGAGAUCAAUUCCGUCAUUCCUCCCCCCUUGCCAGUUCCGCACUUUCUGGUCGACGACGCUUAGACCCCUUCGAACCGUUACAUAUUGAGACUUCCGAUAACUCUGACAGACAGUAUGGUUCAAUCUCUUCUGUUCGUUCCGAACGGAAUGAAUUAUCAUCGACGCCUUUUCCCGUGGACUCACAAGACUGUCCAGUUGCGACAGGGCUACAAGAAUCGGCUCUGCGCACGAGCAAUGGCAGCGAUUAACCGUAGUUAUGGCUCGCUAUAUUUUUUCGUCAACCUCAUUCCCGUUGAUUCCUCGCAUGCAAUGUUAUUGCCUUCGUAUCUUAUUUUCUUUGUCGGGCAGACAAAUGGUGUAUCGAUUUCUUGUUCCACUAUGUGUAUGUAACACAGGUCUUGAAAACUCCUAGUGCAUUCUACCAAGGAAAAUUAACAUACAAGAAAUUGAGAAAACAAACACCUGUAAAAGUAUGCUAAAAAUCGGCUUAACCGAGAAUCGAUGCAAUGAUGUACAAAAGUGUAUAUGGCAUCAAGAAGGAUGGGUGAGAAUGCGAGGUUGAAUACAAUGCACUUGUUAUGAUAGGUCACGGAUGCCUGAAGGGA